GUCAUGGCGGAUGCUAGAGGAAGUCAUUGACUAUCUGUGACUCAAAAGUGAUAUUUUCCGCAAAUAUUUCGAUAAAAUCAAAAUGAAAAUGGAUAUUUCUAAAUCAUCUUUUAUUGUAGUUGUAUUAAUGUUGAUUACAAAUGAAGGUUCUUGUCAGACUCUUCAGUGUGGUCAGUCUGAUGUACCAACAUUGGGUCAGCCCUUUGAGUUAUACUGUACCCUGCCUGGACAGGCAGAAUAUUAUUAUACUGUUAUAUUAAAGAAAACCUCAGUUAACUUUAUGCAGAUUCCAACUUUUGCUGUUAAUGUUAACGCAACAUUUUAUGACACUGUUGUGGGUCCACGCCUCAGUGCCGUGGUGUCAGUGACUCCAGGAGUCAGCAGGACGGUGACAGUGAAAUUCAGCCUGCUGGAGUGCAUUGACAACGGAGUUUAUAAUUGGGAAAUAAAAAUCUUCACAACAGAAGAGAAAAUACUGUCGUCACAACCACAGACAAUAGAUAUCAAAGUUGCUCCGCAGUUCGGAAGUGAAGAUAGAAACAACAUAACAUUUUCCCCUGCAACAAAUCUAGUAGAAGGUGACACAGUUACCUUCACAUGUCAAGGGGAUGUUGGGAAUACCCCAGUUGGCAAUCUGUCUUGGUUCUACUAUCUUAAUGGAAGCACAACAGCAGAGGAUGUUUCUAACAAGGCUACAGCUGGAGCUCCACAGAAUUCUACUGUUGCUGGGAGAACAUGUUCCAAAACUAGAUUGUCAACACUCACCUUGACCCUUACCAAAGACAUGCACUGGUUUGUGGUGAGGUGUACAGUGAACCAGGAUCAGCCGUUCAACGCAGUAGGUCAAGGAUACAAAAUGACACAGCAGAUUGCUGUAAUGUACAAACCAACGAUCAGUAGCCUGAGAAAGGUUCCAGAUGCCAGUCAGUACACAGAUGGAGAUCCGUCACUUACCUUGUCAUGCACAGCCACAUCCAAUCCAGCACCAGAAUACUACUGGACAUAUGAGUCUAACAACACCAAUAGGACCCAGUUGGGUGUGGGAAACCAGCUGGUGCUCCGAAACCUGACCUUGAACAGCAAAGGGGUCUACACGUGUGUUGCGUACAAUCUGAUCAAGGGUGUUAACCAAACAACUAAUGCAAGCACAGAAAUACUUGUAGUGGAGAGGACGACGCCCGCGCCCACAACAACAACAACAACCCCUUCCACCGCAGGUACACGGCCCGCCACAGAGGCACCGUCAACAAAGCCAAGUACAGGUGGCGAGUCAGACACUAACACUGGAGCCAUAAUAGGAGGUGUCGUUGGAGGAUGUGCAGCCCUCAUUAUCAUCAUCAUUAUUAUCGUGUGCUGUAUUCGCAAGAAUAAAAAACCCAAAGAGAUUGAAGAACCAUCAGAAAAACCUAGAAAUAAUCAAGGUCUUAAUACAUUUGGUAACAGGCCGGACCUGGUCUCCUCUGAGAACAACCUGCGCAACAACAUGGCUCUCAACUCCAGCUUCAACAACUCUUUUGACAGCACUGACCACAUUAAACAACGUGAUGAUGGCUUGACCUACAUAGAUCUGCAGUUUGACAACAAGCCAGGCAGUCGACGACCGAUACAGCUUUACGAUAACAACAGCGGCGGCACACAGUACGCUGACAUUAACCUUGGGAGCCUGCCUCGAGUAUAGCGGACAUGAGCGGAAACUUUACGUUGACCUUGUUUUAACUGAAUGUGACACAAGAUUUGAAAAAGUUUUAAUUAUUAAAUUGUAAAAUGUUUUACUUACUUCUUACUGAUUACUAAAUCAGUGUCUAGAAUUUGUUGAAACGCCAGUAUUUACUAUUUUCACAAUGGUUUGCAUUGUUAAUGGUCUAAUGAAGGGAAUUUCUUUCUGUUGUUAUAAUGGUAUGAAUGCUGAAAGAUCUGACCAUUGAUGUUAGUUAUCUGAAUAUGGUCAUUUCAUACUGACAUGUAGACAUAGUGGAUUUGUGUGCAAGACAAGAAAAAAAUUGCUUUACACUUAAGUGUUUGUUUCGUCAAGAAGUUGCUAGUUAAGUGUCACAUUGUAGAGCCUUUUUGUUCCAAAUAUUAUUAAGUGGUGUAAAGUAGUAACAGGACUUUUAUAAAAGUCUGAUUUAGCAGACAAAAUUUGCUUUUUUAUUUUAAAUGUUUGUUUUUGUUCAUUUAUUUUGACAGAAUUGUUCAGUUAUCUCAACAUUUUCUCAUUUUAUUACACAUAUCCAAAUGUACCUGUCAUCAUGAAUAAUGUUUUAUAGUAAGGGUUGUCCAUUUGUUGUUUAAAAAUUCAUCAUUGCAAAACAUUCCAGUUCUCUCAUUAAAAUGUUAUUUAUAAUUUUCCCAGCACAGGUUAUCUUCAAAUCGAAUUUUUCUAGGCAUUAAAAAUUGUGUUCAUUUUGAUGUGACUGCAUGAAAUGAAACAGUUAUACCCAGUUUUUAAUGCUUUGCAGCUUUGAAUCUUUAUGUCUUUUUCAACUUCCAUUUGUAAUGAAUGUUUAAAAUCAUACAUGUUUUCAUGAUUCUUUUUGUUAGAAAAUAUAAAUAAUCAGAUAGGAGACAGGUUACGAAAGUUUUCUGUAGAAAAUAUAUAAUAUUCAGAUAGGAGACAGGUUACGAAAGUUUUCUUUUUAAAAUGUAGAACCUUAAAAUUAAGUGACUGUGACAUGUAUGUGAAAUAUUGAGGGUAAGCAAGUCUGUGCGCAAAGCUACCAGAAGUGAUUAAUACAUUGAUGAUAAUCAAAAUGUUCAUAGUGACUGAUAUAAUUGACUACAGAUUCCUUUCUUGUUUGUGAAUGGAUGGUCUUCCAACAUAGAAUAGUAAUUAGAAGUCAUUUGGGGCUGGAUAUUUUGUAUUUUUUGUCAUAGAAGAAAUCUAUAAUAAAUUGCUUGUAUGGUGCGUUGCAAGGGAGCUAGCAAUUUCAUGUAUAUAAAUAAUGUAAAUAGACGUUUUAUUUCCAAAUGAUCUAAUGUACCAAAAUAUGAAUAAGAAAAUUAUUGGCAGUAUACUGCUAUUGAAGGCUUUUCCUAUAUCAGAAGGAGAUGAUGAUGGUUUUUCUGGAUUCAGUUAAUGAAAAGCUUAUUUUAAAAGCUGGUGUGGUAAUUUAUUGCGCUGUUAAAAUAUUUUAUUCCUUUUUUAUUCCAAAACAAUCUGUGAAAAAGUAUAUGACCCUAAAAGAUAUUUUGGUAAAAAUUAUGUACGUUAUAAAAAUUAUAGAUUUAUAAGAUAACCCAUGUGUUUUCAGCAUCAAGUCAACAUUUAUUAGUAAAGUUAAAUUUGUUGUUACAAAUUUUAUUCAUCCAUAACUACUGAUGUACAUUAGGUUGAAGUUAUGCUAAAAAUCAAACUUUGUCAGUAUCUAUGAAGUAUGUUUCAUUUUUGUAUGCUUUUAUUUUAAUUAUUAAAUGGCGUUUGCACUUUUUAAGCUAACAAAAUUAAAUCUCAAUAGAAAUUUUUCAUUUUAUUAAGCCUAUAUUAUAAGGUUCAAUCGUUAAUUACGAAGAAAUUAUGACUAUUAAAAUUAAAAGCAUGGACAGGCAGCUACAUGUUUCAAAGUGUUUUAUUUAUCCAGUAUCUCGGAUAUCACCUCUGUUCUUAUAUGGCUUCCAAAUGUAACAUUCCAAGACAUACAAUGGGAACAACAUGAAAAAAUGGGUUUUAAUGAAUAAAAUCUCCUGAUCAGCCUGCGUAUUGGCAUUCUGGUCCGUAGCUACCUUGUCUCCUAAUUAGACCAGGAUUCCUUACAUGGCCAUAGUGGACAGCAAAGCUCUUGCCUAGACUAUGAGAAAUUCACAGGCUGGUCUGGAGCUUUUCUUGCUGUAUAUGGGAUAAGACCCAUUUUUCCAUGACAUGGUUCAAAUGUGUUCUUGUUUAAAGGGUUAGGUCUGACAUUUUAACUAACAAAAGUUAGCCUGUAGAAUGUCUUUAGAUUAUUUAAAAUUAAGGUAAUAUGUUUUAAUUUGUUUGUUAAAAUGAUGUAGUGCAGCUAGUUUGUUCCGUAGAUGAGAAUAUUAAAUUUUUACGAUUCAGUUUUAUAAGAAAAAUAAACUAACACAUCAGAUUUUACUUUGGGACCAUUAAUGUAACGCUAAAGUGUAUAAAUGGCGGUAUCUUUCUAGAAAUUCAAAGCAGACAGAUAUUGCAGGCCAUACUGACUCCGAGUGAAUGUAUAAUGUAUAAAUUUAUUACAUUUUAUAUGUUCUUGAAUGUUGUUUAGGUUUUGUACAUACACAUGGUUACGCAUUAAUGCCACUUCAUUAACUUCAUAAAGCAUUUUAAUGGCUACUGCCAUGUUCUAUAUCUUGCAAUACUGUAUGUUAAGUGGAUUUUUGUUACAUUUGUAGGUCUCGUAUAAAUAUAUUUUUCAUGUGUUGGCAAAAAAGCCUUGUUAUUUUAGACUAGUACAUGUAGAUUUCUUUUUUACUAGUACAUGCAAGUACAUUGCACUUGUGGUGGUAGAGAUCAAAAUAGGUUCAACAUUUAAACAAAAUGCAAUCUGCUAAAUUACGCUGAACAUUUAAUGAGUUUACCAAAUAACUUGUAUGUGCCAGUAACCAAUUGUUCUAUAAUAUCUGUUGCAUAUGCAAAUGGUAGAAACGUUUUGAUGUACUUGAGUUUUUAUAUUACAAGUAUAAUAGUAUAACAUGCAGUAUAGGUUUCUGCCAAGGUCAUCUGAAACAAGGUAUCAUAAUUUAGUAUUGUGUUUCAUCAAAUGGGUUAUUUUGGUUUCAAUUAGCAGGUUAUCCAGGAUAUCCCAUUACAGGAUUGUGAGUGUUAAUUUAGCAAAGAAUUGUCAUUUAAAAAGUAUUUGUUAAAAGAAGAACACUAUCUGGGAUGUGUGGAUCAGGUCAUGUUUAUGUUGCAUUACGCUUUCUUUCUUUUUUGUUCUUGUUUUUUACUAUUAAAAACUGCAAUAUAUACAUAUGUGUGUUGAAUGUGUGGUCAUGUCGCAUUGUUGUCUUAAGAAAAGAUAUUAUUUUGUAAAGAAUAGUUUGAUGUCUUUUUUCAUAAAAAAUGUGCUUGUAUGUAAAUAACAUGCUGAUGCUUAGUCAUUGUAUAUAUAUAUCAUUCCGUAUACCGAUGCAAAAUUAUUAUUAAUAUAAUAAUAAAAUACUAUAAUUUUA